AUGGUCAAAUUGUCUCUUCGCAAAUACAAUGCCUUAAACGGAACCGAUGUGAAAUUGGAUCGUGUUGUGAGUCUUUUUGUGGUACAUGGACUUCGUACAUCACUUUCAUGGCGAGAGAGGAAGAAGAUAGUAACACUCUUGUGGAGUAUCAAGCAAAGGUUGCGAAGUCUUAUCCUAUCUUUUGCAGGCCAAGUCCUCAAGUUAGAUCAUGAUGAUAUGUAA